UCGAGUUAUAAAUAACAAGUUGCGAUUGGUUUUUAACAUAAUAUAACAUAUCAUUCCACAAAUAAAAAUUAUGGAAAAGUACAUUAUUAGUACGAUUCUCGUUACUCUUUUCUUCUUCUGCAAACAUGCUGUGGCAAAUGAAGCCGGACCCACAACCAAGCACUAUGUAGUGUAUAUGGGAGAACACUCUUCCCUCUAUUCAGAUUCCGUAAUAUCGUCGAACCAUGAAUUGCUUGCAUCAGUUGCUGGAAGUAUUAGUCAAGCUGAAGAAGCGACAACUCACCAUUAUUAUAAGAGCUUUCGAGGCUUCUCCGCCUUUCUCACGCCAAAACAAGCACAAAAACUUCGCGAGACAGAAUCAGUUAUUUCAGUUUUCGAAAAUAAGAGUGCCAAGCUACAUACUACUCAUUCCUGGGAAUUCCUUGGAAUCGAUACUAUUCCACAAAAUAACGAGCAGACGAAAAUGGACCCCAAAGCAGAUGUGAUUGUUGGUGUUUUUGAUACGGGAGUUUGGCCCGAGUCUCAGAGCUUUAGUGAUGAUGGAUUGGGGCCUGUGCCAGAGAGAUUCAAAGGAACAUGUGGAGAUCAAGCUGAUGCGCCGCUGUUUCCUUGCAACAAGAAAAUAAUUGGUGCUCGGUUCUACCCAAAGACAUAUGACGACCUGGUAAAUUCUGGAGAAGUUAAUCCUCUACGCGCAGAAUUCCGAUCACCUCUUGAUCACAACGGCCAUGGAACUCACACUGCAUCAACAAUUGCUGGAUCAGUGGUUAAUAAUGUGAGCUAUUUUGGUAUGGCUAGCGGUACGGCAAGAGGUGGCAUUCCCAAUGCAAGACUCGCAAUAUAUAAAGUAUGUUGGCCACUCCCUGUCGGCUGUCCUUAUGCGGACAUUCUUUCCGCCUUUGAUGAUGCCAUUCAGGAUGGAGUCGAUAUCAUUUCUAUGUCGAUAGGGAUAGCUCCAUCAAAUUCGUUAAAACUCUUAUCGGAUCCAUUCACAAUUGGAUCUAUCCAUGCAUUUACGAAUAAUAUUCUUCUUUCGGCUUCGGGGGGAAAUGAUGGGAAAUCUAGCAGUGUAUCACAUAUUGCUCCUUGGACUCUCACAGUCGCUGCUAGUACUAUUAAUCGAGAAUUGAAUUCCAAUGUCCAGCUUGGGAAUAAUGUAACUCUGAAAGGUUCAGCGAUAAACUCGUUACAGAUGGAUAAAUAUUAUGGUAUCAUAGAUGCAACUGCUGCAGCUUCUGAUGUAAAUCAAGUGGAACGGGCCAAAUAUUGCCUGGAGAAGAGUCUUGAUGCCAACUUGAUCAGGGAAAAGAUAGUAGUGUGCACGGCUGAGACAAAAGAUUUUAUUAUGGAAAACAGACUUACCAAAGGCGUCGUUGUAAACAAUGGUGGUGGUGUCGGAAUGAUUCUUUUUGACCCAUUUAUUGGAAACGAAUUGGGCAUUGAAAAUGUUAUUCCAACUACCGUUCUUGGAUCAAAAGAAAUAGAAUUCCUUCAAGAAUACUUAAGAACUGAAAAGAUUCCGACUGCAAUCAUACAUCCAACAGAAACAGUAAUUAGCGACACCAUUCCAGCACCAGAUAUGGCUUUCUUUUCAUCAAAGGGACCAAAUAUUGUCGCCACUGACAUUAUCAAACCUGAUAUUACAGCACCUGGUGUGAACAUAUUGGCUUCCAAGCCUCCACCAUCUAGAGAAGGAGCUGCCAUAUAUAAGUUUGAUUCAGGAACAUCCAUGUCCUGCCCACAUGUUUCUGCAGUUGCUGCUAUUAUAAAGAGUCACCACCCUUCUUGGAGUUCAUCAGCUAUUAAAUCAGCCAUAAUGACAACAGCUUAUGCGAUGCAUAAAACCGGGGGAGAACGUAUACUGAAAAAUCUGAAAGGUUCUUCAACGACGCCAUUCGACUACGGAUCUGGACACAUAAAUCCUGCAGCCGCAUUAGAUCCUGGACUCAUAUAUGAAUACGGUACCCAUGACAUGAUCAACUUCAUAUGCAGUAGUACCAACCAGACAAAAAUUCCACUACUUGAAGCGAAUUGUCCCGACACACCAGUUCCCACGUAUGAUCUAAACUAUCCUUCAAUUGGUGUAGCCACUAUGGAUGGAAGUGUAACAGUUAAUCGAACAGUCACAUACUACGGAGAGGGCCCAGCAAUUUUUGAUUCCGAAGUCAUUUUAGACAACCCUAAUGUGAAGUUCAUAGUGACACCCAAACAACUCGAGUUCAAAGAAGCUGGUGAAAACAUAUCGUUUAGUGUUAAAUUUAUGGCUGACAGUACUAGUCCUGGCAGUUUGGUGUUCGGAUCCUUAACUUGGAGCUUCGGCAACAAAUACAAAGUUACAAGUCCCAUCGGACUUAAUUUGGCUUCAGCAAUCGUAUCAAUCGAUUAACAAGGUAAUCAAGUAUGAAAAGUUACAUGUUUUCAGCUGCUAUGUAUUUGUACGUACAUGGAGAUUGAUUUGUUAUAUGGGAAAUAUCAAAUAUGUGAAGAAAUAAAUGUAGUUAAAACCUAAGCUACGAGUGAGGAGACGAGGAGGACGGCUCAUUAUUUGAAGCUAAAUAAAUGUUUUCCUACUGUACACAGAUGAUUGAGCACCAUAUGUACUGCUUACUCCUACUAAUAAAGAAAAUGUUAUUAUGUCUA